AUGCUCGAUAGAAAUAGCCUAAAUUUUAUGCUUGCUCUAUCUGGAGGGAUAGUCUUAGGUAUAUUUGUUUCGAAAUAUUUGGAAUUUAAAGAUAAUUAUAUAAUGAAAAAGCUAAAUUGUUAUUCAAAUUUACUUACUGGAGAUAAAUUUAAAUAUAUUAUAUCCAAUCAGUCAAUUAAACCAAAAAAUGUAAAUGAAGAGUGUGUAGGGAUAGAAUCACCAGAUGCUGGAAAAGCAGCUUCUUGUGUAGGCUGUCCAAAUGCAGAAAUUUGUGCUUCAGGAGAAACAAAACAAAAGGUCCCAAUAAAUACUAUGAAUUUGGAGAAUAUUAAAAAUAUUAUAUUGAUAUUAUCUGGGAAAGGUGGAGUAGGGAAAUCAACUGUUUCUAUGCAACUUUCAUGGUAUUUAUCACAAAAUUUUAAUGUAGGCUUAUUAGAUAUUGAUAUAUGUGGUCCAUCAAUUCCAAAGAUGGCUGGUAUAGCUAAUCAUGAAGUUCAUAUGUCAGCCAAUGGUUGGUCACCAGUUUAUGCAAAUGAAAAUCUUGCAAUCAUGUCAACCGCAUUUUUAUUACCAGAUGAAGAUGAUGCUGUAAUAUGGCGUGGCCCGAAAAAAAAUGGUUUGAUUAGACAGUUUCUAACAGAUGUAGAUUGGGGAAAUUUAGAUUUUUUAAUUAUCGAUACACCUCCUGGUACAUCUGAUGAACAUUUAUCUAUUAUUACAUACUUACAAGGUGCAAAUGUCAAAGGGUCUAUUAUAGUUACAACUCCUCAAGAGAUUUCAUUACAGGAUGUUAGGAAAGAAAUCACAUUUUGUAAAAAAGUUGAGUUACCAAUUAUUGGAAUAGUUGAGAAUAUGAAUAAAAUGUUUAAGAAUAUUCAAGGCAAUGAUUUAGUCAAUGAAAUGUGCAAGAAGAUGGAAGUGGAUUACUUAAUAACAAUACCAUGGGAUGAUCAACUUUUAUUUUGUUGUGAGAAGGGGACUUCCGUGAAUUAUGAAGUUCCAGAUAGUGAUUCUGCUAGAGAGAUAAAAAAUUUGGGAGAUUUUUUAAUAAAUACAUUUGUAGCAUCAUAA